AUGGGCUAUAAACUCAGCAAUAUAAUACAAGAGGGGCCCGGGAAGGUGCUGACCGCAACACCGAAUGCGCAGCCGGCCAUCAUGGCGACCUCCGUCCUCAUUCUACGUAUCCUCGAGGAGGAGUUUUGUUUCAAAGUCCCCGAGCGUAUCGAUAUCACACUGGGUCACUCGCUAGGAGAGUUCGCGGCUCUUACUGCGGGCGGGUUCCUCGAGUUCCAGGACAGUCUAUAUCUAGUGCAGAAGCGUGCCGAGGUUAUGGCAGCCUGCACCCAGCGUGCGAGAGACGAAUACGGCGGAGACUACGGCAUGGUGGCGAUAGUGUCAGAGCCGAAUUACCUAGAGCCUCUCAUCCAGGCUAUACACGAUUUCGUUGGUCACAGCUCGGCGGGUUCAAAGUCCGAGAGCAGUCAGGACGUCCCGCCCAUUGAGCAAGUGCUUAUCGCCAACAUCAACAGCAAGAACCAGCUCGUGUUGAGUGGGAAUAUAGAGCGUAUUAAGACAUUGGUGGCCCAUGUGCGCCAGUUUCUCGGUCACGAUCCGCGCGCAACUUACAAAUACCCUUCAAAAGACUAUUGUUCCAUGAAUAAUCCGCUUCACAUCUCCAUCUUUCCUUCACACGACCCCACGACGAAUAAGCUGGUACCGAUCCGAACGCCGCUUCAGUUCUCUCUCCUGCUCUCUAGCACUCUGGACAUCUUCGAGUUGCGCGCCAAACACAAUGCAGUUGCAGGUGUCGGGCUUAGCGGUGACUUUGGGCUACUGCAUGCCGUAGACGAGCGGCUGGCUGCCUACGGCUUCGAGACAAACACCGGGGUCAAGUUCGUCGUGGUGGUUGAUAUGCGCGGACGACGUAUCGACGGAAGUAUUGCUGGUCUUGCAGAUAAAGCGAGUAGGGGCGCUGCAGCGGUUGGCCUACGAGAGGGCGAAAUGAAGACAGUUUUUAAGGCAAUGCAGACGGCAUAUGUUCGGCUACUUCAGAAUCCGUUCUAUGACCCUGAUGAACACUCGCCCCCGACCGGUCAGGGCGGCAAGAAGAUCACGAGCAAGAAGUUUGCCGUCGACAUGCGUAGAAUCGGAGAGACGUGGACACCAGGCGUCACGAACUUAUAA